AUGCCUCGCAACCCAACAUCGAAGCGCUCAGUACCCUCUCGGAUGGCGAAGGCUGCCGAGCGGGACCGGAUGGAGGCCCGACUUCAGCAAGCCUCCGUAGAGCUUAGCGAAGGGCAGCACGACAGCAUCCGUAAGGCUGCCGCAGCACACAAUGUGGCAGAAGCGACGCUACGACACCAAAUUGCUGGGCGUUGUUCCAAAUGCUCGGCUCGAGACGACCUGCAGGCGCUCACACCCGCUGCAGAGACGGCCCUCGUCGAUCACAUCCGGCGUUGUGCCUGCAGCAGGUAUCCUCUGACACCGUCAAUACUCCGGCACUACGCCACCACCAUCACCCGUACCGAUACCAGCCGCAGCACCACAACGAAGCUGUCGGCCAACUGGCUGCAGUCGUUCCUGAUCCGACACCCUUCGAUUCGCACGCACUGGUCUCGAUGUCUCGACAAUGAUCGUCUCAGUGCUGCGAAUGAAGACACGAUCAGACGAUGGUACACGCAGCUCAGGGUGAUCAUGCGUGAAUACAGUGUGGCGUCGACAAACGUCUUCAACGUUGAUGAAACCGGCUUCAUGCUCGGUGUUUUGGGUACAGAGCGUAUCGUUGUACCUGCAGGCGACCCAAGUUGUCGGUUCAAGGCCCAACCGGGUUCUUGGGAGUGGGCCACUGUUGUGGAAUGCAUUGGAAGCGGAGGCCAGGUACUGCCUCCGCUCAUCAUCACGAAGGGACAACGCCACGUGGUUGGCGACUAUCGGCAAAUGGAGGGCGUACCAAGUUUGUGGAACUUCACGAAGUCUCCAAACGGCUGGUCUAACGACGAGCUUGCCGUUGAAUGGCUCGAAACCAUCUUUGAUCCCGGUACUAGGCCGUCGACGCCAUCACCAUGGCGUCUGCUCAUCAUCAACGGUCAUCGAUCUCACACGACUACGCCGUUCAUCGCUUCAGCAUGGUCGAAACUUGCCGACGCUGCAGAGCACGUGGACGCCAUCAACCGUUCCGACUUCGCUACCUUCUACGCCCAGGCACGCAAGAAGGUUAUGACGCAGACACGUGUUCGAAAGGCCUUCUCCGACUCCGGCAUAACACUCGACCCCACUCCGCAGAAGGCCCUGAGCCGACUUGCCGGGUCUUCCGCUGCAGAGGGACGAUCCGAAACACCGGUACGUCGUCCUCUCCAGCCAAUCGCAGCACUGCAGACAGCCUUGGCGUUUAACGCCGCCAUUGACGCCCACCGCCAGGAACCCGACUCAAACGAAGCUUGCAACCUUAAACGGGUCAUACUCGAAGCUCACGAAGCUUCUCAAGCGUCUAUCUCCGUCUUGGAAGCCGAGAUCUUGGUACUACGUGCUCAUCACAAUCGCAGCAACAAAACCGCCAAGACACUCGGAAAGAAGCGGGUACAAGGCGAUACGAGGGUGCUCACGACAAACCGUAUCAUCACACGUGAGUACGCUGAACGAGAAUUGGUGGCAAAGGGUGUCGAAUUUUGA